AUGGUUUUCGGUGCCGACAUGUUAACGGUUACAUUGUUGGCUACUCUUGCUUUCGUCUGCGUACAUGCGAGAGGUCCUCUACAGAAUCAAGUAUCUGGUUUAAGCAGUGCAGCUGGAAGCAGUAAUGCUCCACCCCCCGGGUUCUCUGAAACACUAUCUAUUUACGGUCCACCUGAACCGAAACAAACGCCACAAAAACCGCUAGCUACCUACUUUGAGCUCCUUCUCCAACUCUCUACAACAGAUGAAUGGGAGAAAUUCAAUGUCUCUACGACUGACUAUACUACCUGUCAUACGCUUCACCCAGAUGUUAAAGCUAAGAAAUCAAUCUUUCGGGCGGCGUUUAGUUCUACGGGUUCUCGAGAUGCACAAGCAGGAAUAAAAAACAUGGCGUUCCACUUUCCUGAUAAUACGGUACCCCCCGAUAUCAGUAUAAAAGUCUUCCGUAAUGCGCCACCGGUGGCUAAAAGUGGAAGAGUUGCGUCUGCAAGCGUAAAUCCACAGGGUGCAUGCUAUCGAGCGGCUGAGUCUAGAGAGCCACGUGUAAUAAAUAUCAAAGAGUGGGUUGAUAUGAAUGAGGAUGAAAGGCUGGAAUGGUUGAAGCCGAGUUGGUUGGUUCGGUCUUACUACCGACUACGAGCAACGGACCCCUUUCUUGUGAUGCCGCCGCCUUCGAUCAAGGAGAGGGCGAGCUUAGGUAGCCAGCAAGGAAAUCCCCAGACAGGAAGAACUACAAGGGAUCAACCACAAAAAGAAAUCGAUAGGCGCAGGCGGAGGGAUGAAUCCUUCGAAGUCGCGAGAGAAUUAGGAUUUGAAUUCAGAUAA